GUAUCCAAUAUCUUAUUUAAGCAAACAAGCGUCUACAAAUUCGAGGUUUGGAUUGUUAAAAAAAAAAAAAAAAAAAACUGAUUUCAGAAAUUUAGCUUUCCGACAGUAGGUUCCACAAUCCAGACGGGCUAAUUUUUGUUAAUAUGCGACACGUGUAAAAUUUCUUAGCGCCUGCUUAUGAAGAGUCCUGCGCUGCCAGAGUAUAAAGUAAAUCCCCUCUUCUGGUGCCUCUCUCUCCCGCUUAUUUUCAAAAUCCGCACCUUUCCCUCUCGCCCCUGUCAAUUAAACCCUAAUCCAGCUCUCCUGCCCCUUCCUUCUCUUGAGAGAAGAAGAGAAGAGGAAAGGAUGAGUGGAACUCCAAUGGAGGUUUCUGCGCAAAACUGUCCGUCCGAUCCAGAUGAGGCCAAAAACAUCACAUCUCAGUCCGUCCCUCCACUGCUCUCCGCCUCUGCUGCCGACGAUAAGGUCCUCGUUUCUGUUGAAGUUUGCAUGUAUUCCUCGAGCACAGCUCGGAUUGCGGACGUUCGUGAAGCUGUCGAAAGAAUGCUUGAAAAGAGAAGUUUAAGCUACAUAGAUGGCCCAGUUCCAGUGCCUAUAGACGAUUCAUUCUUAAUGGAAAAUGUAAAAAGGAUUCGAAUUUGUGACACAGACGAGUGGGUGGAGAACCAUGAAAUUCUCUUGUUCUGGCAAGUUAAACCUGUUGUGCAUGUAUUUCAGCUUAGUGAAGAAGGACCAGGUGAAGAAAUAAGUGGAGAUGACCUUCUUUCUAGCUUUAAUGAAUGGAUCCUUCCUUCAAGAGAAUUUGAUGGCAUGUGGGAAAGCUUAAUUUAUGAAAGUGGUCUCAAGCAAAGGCUGUUGCGGUAUGCUGCAAGUGCUUUACUCUUUACGGAGAAGAAGGUUGACCCUUGUCUUGUGUCAUGGAAUCGCAUAAUCCUUUUACAUGGACCCCCAGGAACUGGAAAGACAUCUUUAUGUAAAGCGUUGGCUCAGAAACUUUCAAUACGUUUCAGCUGCAGAUACUCACAAUGUCAGUUGGUUGAAGUUAAUGCACAUUCAUUAUUCAGUAAAUGGUUUUCGGAAAGCGGGAAAUUGGUUGCAAAACUUUUUCAAAAGAUCCAGGAGAUGGUGGAGGAAGAAAGCAACUUGGUUUUUGUUUUGAUUGAUGAAGUUGAAAGCCUUGCUGCUGCCAGACAAGCUGCCUUGUCUGGUUCUGAACCAUCAGACUCUAUUCGGGUUGUGAACGCUUUGCUCACUCAGAUGGACAGAUUAAAAUCCUGGCCGAAUGUGAUCAUUCUAACAACUUCAAACAUAACAACAGCAAUUGAUAUUGCUUUUGUUGAUCGGGCUGAUAUCAAGGCAUAUGUUGGACCCCCUACUCUUCAAGCACGCUACGAAAUAUUGAGAUCGUGCUUGCAAGAACUUCAACGAGUUGGAAUUUUAGAAUGUUCUCAGGAUCAUGAUCAUUGCAUGCUUCCGAACUAUGCAAGCUUACGAGAGAAGCUGAAUGCAUCCGAGGUGGUGAAGCCUCAAGGUCCAAUUCAUCUGUCAAAGCAGCUGCUUGAAGCUGCAGAGGUUUGUGAGGGAUUUAGUGGAAGAGCAUUAAGAAAGCUUCCUUUCUUAGCUCAUGCAGCCCUCACCAACCCUUGUAAUUGUGAUUCUAACAAGUUCUUGUACACACUGAUAGAGACAGCGAAAAGAGAGUUUUCUGAGCUAACCAACUGAGAUUUAGUGUUUUCAUGUAUCAAAUUUUGGGUCCGAGCCCAUAGGUCAGUUGAAGUCGGUGCAUUUCAACAUUGAGGUCUUGGAUUCGAUCCCAACUUAUCAAAUGAUGUAUCAAUCUCUAGUGUGAAAAGUGGCAAAAUCCAUGAAUUCAUUCCAA